UCCUCUUUCCCGAUCCGGAAAGGAUACCGGAUGAAGUCGACGAUCGAUGAGAGAUCUUUGGAAAGUUCGAAAAUUAAUUCUCUCUGUUAGGGACCGUAAAGUGUACACGUAGAAAGAAGUUCAGUUUCCUUUCUGUACGGAUGAAUCGGAUAGAUCGAGACAGAUGUGAAAGUUUCGUUUAACGAGGGAAGAAGGAUCUAGGUAGAUCGAGAUCGAUGAAAGUGUGCCUCGCGGAACGAGUAACCGUUGUGCGGGUGAACGAUGUGAAGAAGAUCUACAUUCGGCGAGAAAACGAAGACGAUCGACCGUGAUCGUGGAAGAACGCGCGUCCCUUUGUCCUCCACUUUGUGCGAGAGGUGGAUAGAGAUCGUGGAGAAUCGUCUUCGGUGAAGAUGAACGGCAGAAGGAGAGUGUUCAGUGCCCUGGACGGGCUAAAGUGUGAUCGUGCGAUCGUAUGGUCGGUGUUUUUGUGGUGUCUGGUAUUUCUGCCUGAUGGCGUCGAGAGUGCACCUCCCGGGAUAUGCGCGAUGGACGGGUGCAACUGCACCGUCAAGGCACACCGUUGGAUUAACGUCAAGUGUGUCUUCGCCGACAAUCAGGACGUGGAAUUAUUGGAGGGAACCAUUCCAUCGGACGCGAUGGAGGUGGAGGUCUCUCACUGCAGGGAGUUGAGGAUCCAGUCAGGCGCGUUUGCGGAUGGCGCGCCAUUGAAACGGGUUUACGUGUCGGGAAUCUACAGUCUGGUGGCCAAGAGGCAGGCCUUUCAGAAUUUAAGCGCGCCGAACACGCAUCUAGAGGUGUCUGAAUGCAACAGCGUGAUCCUGGAGAGCCACGCGUUCAGGAAUUCGCGGGGGACGCUGAGCGUCUCGAUAUCGAGAUGCAGGAACGUCGGGAUCAAACCGAACGCUUUCUCCAGGCUACUCUGGAUCACGAUCAGAGAGGUGCCCAUACUGGACUUGUCUAGCAACGCGUUCAAGCUCGAAGCUUCUCAGCAUGGAAGGCAUGGACCAGCGACCAAGAUUAUGUUCCAAAGCGUGAGAAUCACGGAGUUGCCGACAGCGGUGUUCCCAUCGGCGGUUGCGGAAGUCCGAAUGGACGAUAUCUGGACAAAUGUGAUCCGCAAGAACGCGUUCUGCGCGAUGACGAUCUUCAGCGUGACCAUCAGCAACGCGUCGAUCCAGGAGAUCGAGACCGGGGCGUUCAGCGACAGAACGUUAAUCCACAGCCUCGAGUUCGUCGACGUCAGAUUGAAGAGCAUUGAGAGAGGAGCCUUCCGGGCUGGCCACGACAACCUCACGAUACAAUAUUCAAGGCUGAUCGAGGUGGAGACCGGCGCCAUCGACAUAUCCGCAGCCAUGGUCAGCUUCAACAACAACGAGUUCCAGAACCUGCACCAAGGCGCGAUCGUUCUCCACCAAUGGAACCAUAUAGCGAUCGAUUACAACCUAUUCGCGGACCUGGAAACGGACGCGAUCACAGCUGAGGUGGACGCUACGUCUGCGCCCAACUUCGAGUUCUCCUUCACCGGGAAUCAUAUACAAAAGGCUAGACCAGGAUCGUUGAAAUUCGCAGCUAUCUCUCAACGGGUGAACACGGCAAGAGUUGGUAACAAUUACUUCAAGGAGAAGUGCAAUUGCAACCUGGAGACGUGGAUACGCGAGGUGACAGGCAAGAAUAGCUCCGUAUCGUGGAUGAUGGACUCGAGUUACUGUAUGGUCGAUCAGCUGUUAGACCGAUGUUUCAACCUUCCGCAAGGAUACAUGUCGAUGAGGAACUUCUCGAAGAUCAUCUGCGGACCAGGGGACCAUAUAGUCUGCGAGAAACCGUCAGCGAAACCAGAACCAAGCGUCAGUCCUCCAAGUGUCGGUCCACACGUGUACCCAAGACAUAAAGGCUACUUCGACGUGGAGAUGAGCGACUCGGAACAACUUCAACGCGAGAAGAGGAUCAUCGUGGUGAUCUGCGUGGUAGCGGUGUUCACAGUGCUGAUAGUGAUCCUAGCCUCCGGAAUUCUCUACAUGCGUAGGAGUGGCGUGUGUCCAAAGCUGACAUCGGGCCACCUGAUGAAUCUCGCCAGCUGGCUGUCGCCCAGCAGCGGGAUGACUGCAGCCACCUCUGCCAGGUCGAUAUCCAGGCUAAGCGUGCACGAGUACGCUGGUCUUCAGCCCGAGACACGGAUCCUCGAGGUGGAGACGCAAGCAGAGGGUGGAGAAGAGUACGAAGACGGCGCGGAAGGACUUUAUCCUUACACGGAGAACAAGGCCACGCAGACCUUACCAGAGGAGCUGACAGAGGAGUACCUGAGGGAUCUCAGAGAGAGGCUCAACGAUCCUGACAACUACAAUCAAGCGAGAGAUAUGAUCGAGCAUCUCUACGAUCUCAUCAAAGUGGAGGAGAGCUGUAACAACAACAACGACAGACAACCAACAGGUAGAGAAGAGAACGCGUACGAUGUGAUUCGACCGAAACAGAGGAGACUCAGAGGACCUCCUAAACCUUCGGUCAGUAUAGGAACUAAGGCACCGUCCUUGGAGAAACUACUACCAAGUGGAAUACAACCGAGGCCACCGCUGACCGACUACACGGAACCUCGCGAUCAGAAGGCUCCCGAACAGAAUCAUCUGUACGCGGAAUUACCUGGUGACGAGACUGUUCCCAGCACAAGUCGGCUGUCUCAACCUAUCCUGGCGACUCUGGCUGGUAGAGCGCCACAGCCGUUGCCGCCAGACGUGGUGAACGAUCACCUGAUCAACGACCACUCGAGCCAAGCGUUCGUUAAGCCGAAGACUGAGAACCACAGGCCACCAGAGAGCCCGAAGUUCGAACCACCUAGACACCAAGGCAGACCUAUGAGCUUCCUGAAGGCGCUUGGCGAGAGUAUCCUCGGAGGAUCGAAGUCGAGCAAUAACAAAAGGCCUAAUUCGUUGCUGUGCGAAUACGCCGAACCGUCCGACGCUACCGCUCACCUGUACUCGGAAUUACCUGAACCGCAAACAUCGACACCGGCCAGCAAGAUGGCGAACAGGCCGCUGCCCACCAAACCUGACCAGGAUUCCGUGGCGAGGGCAUAACGAACGCCCGUCGUCGAUUGUCUGUGAUAAUAUAAGCGCGCGAGAGAUGGCGAAAGACUUGUUGUGGAAUCGUGCUCUCUCUCUCUCGUGUCUUUCCUGAAGUAAAAUCGUUCGCCGAGGCAACGAUGAUUUUUACUGCCUGGUGAACGACGGUGGUGUCUUUUUUUUCUUUUCUCGCGACGUUCCAACGCGGAGGAACGCAUCGAACCAGUGCCAGAGAUAUGUAAGAAACGAACAGUUUUUACGAGACUAGAUUUUAAGGAGCUUUUUGUAAAAAAAAAAAAAAAGAGGAGGAAUGAAUGGAAAAUAGAGAAAAAUUCGUCGUGAGUGCUCUUUCGUUUGUGGGAGAAACGACGGAAAGAGACGAGUUUUAUUUAACGACUGGC